AUGAGAGGUGAAGAAAUGGAGUGCCAUGAGCUUGGACAACCUGGAGAAAACUGGCUGAAACCUGGAGAAGAGAAGGAUGAGGAAGUGGCUGGAGGGAGGUGUGAGAUCAAUGAAGAUUUUCAUUGGUUCUUAAAGAUGGGAGAAGCAGAACCAUGUGCAAAUUUUGAUUACAAAUCUCGGUCUAGACAUUCAGAACUAGCCAGUUAUGCUGAGUCAGUUGUCUGUGUGAGCCUGGCACACAGCAAACUCACAAGGUCCCUGCCCACUGGCCUCCUCCCUGACCUGCGCGACCUGGGUAGGGAAGGGGGCGGUAGGAGCGCCGGACUCGGCACUGCGCGCCCAUCCUGCGGAGAGACCCGGUGCGUGGCGGCUGGCGCGGUGCGGGAGGGUCCACGAUGCCCGAGUAACGGCUCCUUCGCCAACUGCUGCGAGGCGGGCGACCGAGCGGAGAGCCGGGUCUGGACUGGGGCAGGAGGCGCGCGGCCUCCGGGACCCUCCGGGACCCCCCGGCCGCCCUGGGUGGCGCCCGCGCUGUCCGCCGCGCUCAUCGUCACCACCGCGGUGGCCAUCGUGGGCAACCUCCUGGUCAUCCUCUCGGUGCUCGGGAACCGCAAGCUCCGGAACGCAGGUAAUUUGUUCUUGGUGAGUCUGGCAUUGGCUGACCUGGCCUUGUACCCCUACCCGCUAAUCCUCUUGGCCAUCUUCCAUGACGGCUGGGCCCUGGGGGAGGCGCGCUGCAAGGCCAGCGCCUUUGUGAUGGGCCUGAGCGUCAUUGGCUCCGUCUUCGACAUCACCGCCAUCGCCAUUAACCGCUACUGCUACGUCUGCCACAGCGUGACCUACCACCGCAUCUACUGCCACUGGUACACCCCCCUCUACAUCUGCCUUGUCUGGCUCCUCACCCUGCUGGCCCUGGUGCCCAGCUUCUUCGUGGGGUUCCUGGAGUAUGACCCACGCAUCUACUCCUGCACCUUCAUCCAGACGGCCAGGUCCCAGUACACGGUGGCAGUGGCGGUCGACCACUUCCCACCCAUGGCUGUUGUGUGCUUCUGUUAUCUGCGCAUCUGGGCGCUGGUGCUCCGGGCCUGCAGGAAGGUCAAGUCGGAGGACAAUCCAUGCCUGUGGUCCAGGAACAUCCAGAGCUUUCUGACCACGUUCAUGGUGUUUGUGAUCUUCGCCAUCUGCUGGGCACCGCUGAACUGCAUCGGCCUUGCUGUGGCCAUCGACUCAGAAGUGGCUCCCCGGGUCCCAGAGGGCCUCUUUGUCACUAGCUACUUCCUGGCUUAUUUCAACAGCUGCCUUAAUGCCAUCGUCUAUGGGCUCCUGAACCAGAACUUCUGCAGGGAAUACAAGAAGAUCGCCUCUGCCCUCUGGAACCCAUGGCACUACCUGCAGGACUCUUCCAAGGGCAGCCGGGCAGAGGGGCCAGAAAGCCAAGCUCCCCCAGUGGUUAACAUCCAGCCCCCCGUCCAGGCAGAUGCUCUCUUGUGUGAUCCCCGGCCGGGCGACAAACUCCUGCAAUGA